CUCAAUUGGCCCUCGCAUUGGGGUCCAAGGCCGACAAUGAGCGUCUGCCGCCCCGCAAGAUGUCUUUUCACAAAGGCAGUCUCAACAACACUUCCUAAACCGCCUCCGCAACGCACAUUCCACGCCUCCGCACCUCGACAGGCCCGCAAGAAGAGACCGCACUACCCCUCGAUAAAGGCAGACGAACUCAAGCUUCUCAACCAAGCCGCCGAGGCAGAAUACCCCAAGUACGAUACCUCGGAGACGGCGCUCCUCGAGAAAAAAUAUACGCCCUCGCAAAUCGCCGCCAUCCAAGCCGCCGAAUCUACAAUCGAUGCCCGAGAUGUUCUUACCCAAGGUCAGCGACGGACAGACUUUUGGCGCCUAAACUACGAGGACGACCUUGCAGAAGUCGAUCCGGUCACGGACCGGCCGGAGAAACUGACGAGCGACAACAUUGAAGGGCCCAAAACUUUUCGAGUUGCCAACGAGGUGGAGCGCGAUGAGAAUAUAUCCCGCAUCGCAUCAGAGAAUCUGGCAAAGAUGUUUCCAGACGGUAUACCAGAUGAUGAUGAAGGGCUACCGGGUGCCAUGCAGGCAGCAAUUACCCAGGCCACGCUCGAUCCGCGCGCGACAUAUACCUCGAACAAUCCUGCGGCACUCCAGGCCUUGGGCGACGAGCGUUACUCGGUCAUUGCACCGGAUCUACCCAGGUUAGAGAACCGCAUGGCACGGCAGACGCGCCGGCUUGCUACGGAAGAGCAGGAAGACCCCCGGCAGAAACGUCUUUUGCAAUAUCUGGGCUGGAACAAGGAGAAGUUGCGCGGUAUCAAAGUCAAGACACUGGUGGUCCACGGCGUUACCAACCAAACGCGCAUGGGCAAGAUUAGGAGUCUAUACUACCUAACCAUUGCGGGCAACCAAAACGGCCUCCUGGGCGUUGGAGAGGGCAAGUCUGUCGAACCCGACGAAGGCCGAAAACAAAGCGUCAUGAGUGCAAUCCGGAAUAUGAGGCCUGUUCCGCGAUACGAGAACAGGACAACAUUUGGCGACUUGGAGAAGAAGGUUGGCGCGACAAAGGUGCAGCUUUUCUCUCGACCUCCAGGCUUCGGACUCCGCGUCCAACACCUCAUCUUCGAGCUCGCCCGUGCCGCCGGCCUGCAAGACCUCUCUGCCAAGACGCCGCGCUCAAGAAACAAAAUGAACGUCAUCAAGGCUACGUGGGAAGCCCUCACGAGCCAGAAGCUGCCUGAUGAAAUUGCCCGCGCGCGCGGCAAGAAGCUGGUCGAUGUACGCAAGGUCUACUAUGGAGGCUCGGUGCACUAGAUCAAGACGAGAAAAACAGACGGCUUCUUCUUGUAUGAUAGAGUUGAGUCAUGAAUCGAAGGAAAUGUAUCAUAUGCAUGUAGCAUGUAGCAUGUAGCGUGGGCGGCGAGAAGCGUGUCAUACGUGUUGGUCAACUAUGCAUCAUACCAUGCAUCCU